UUGCAGCUAUCUGUCUCCUAUCGAUGUGUGUGUACAUGUGUGUUGUGUGUGUGUGUUUCCUUUUUUCUCCCCAAACCGAACAUGAAAUAGUUUGUUGGGCUAUACUUUCUUUCUUCCUAUCUAUCCCCCCUUCCUUCCUUCCCGUCCUGGUUCGCAGGCAGAGACAGGACAGAUUGAAACCCAGCUGUGAUCGUCGCUUUUGGUCGUUGCCAUUUUCCCCCCUUAUUGCCCGGUGAUGUUGGAUAUGGGAGAGCGCAAAGAGGUGAAAAUGAUUCCUAAAUCGUCGUUUAGUAUAAACAGUUUGGUGCCCGAGGCCGUGCAAAGCGACAACAACAAUCACCAGAACCAGCAUCACCACCAAAACCACCUUCACCACCACCACCAGAACCACCACCACCGGCCCGGCGCCGCGGACGAAGCCGAGCAGAAAGCUCCUCUCCCCGCCGCGCAGCCGGACGUUAAGGCGGACCCUAAAAGUGACUCCUCGAGACAGGAGAGCUGCCCGGACGAGAAGGAGAAGCAGGAAGAGAAAAAGGACGCAAAGGACGGAGACGGCGGCGCUGGAGGGAAGGACGGAGAGAAGAAAAGCGGCAAGUAUGAAAAACCUCCUUUUAGUUAUAACGCUUUGAUAAUGAUGGCCAUCAGACAGAGUCCGGAGAAGCGGCUCACUCUGAACGGCAUUUACGAAUUCAUCAUGAAAAACUUCCCGUACUACCGGGAGAACAAACAGGGCUGGCAGAAUUCCAUCCGACACAAUCUCAGCCUCAAUAAAUGCUUCGUCAAGGUGCCGCGGCACUACGACGACCCGGGCAAGGGGAACUACUGGAUGCUGGACCCUAGCAGCGACGACGUUUUCAUCGGCGGCACUACCGGGAAACUCCGACGGAGGUCCACCACGUCCCGAGCCAAGCUGGCUUUCAAGCGGGGUGCUCGGCUGACCUCUGGGCUGACCUUCAUGGACCGAGCCGGCUCCUUGUACUGGCCCAUGUCCCCCUUCCUCUCUCUACACCACCCGCGGGCAGGCGGCGCCCUCGGCUACAACGGGACCUCCUCGGGAUACCCGGGUCAUCCCAUGUCCUACAGCACCAUGCUCACCCAGAACAUGAGCAACAACCACUCGUCGUUCCCAUCCUCCAACGGGCUCAGCAUGGACCGGCUGGUCGGGGGGGAUCUCCCCUACGCGACGCACCACCUGACAGCGGCGGCCCUGGCGGCCUCGGCGGUACCCUGCGGCCUCUCCGUGCCUUGCUCCGGGGCCACUUACUCCCUGAACCCCUGCUCGGUGAAUCUACUGGCCGGACAGACUAGUUACUUUUUCCCUCAUGUCCCACACCCGUCCAUGACCACGCAGUCCGGCGGCAGCGGCGGCACCUUGCAGGCCGCCCGGGCUUCGGCCUCCAAUUCCCCGCAGGCUCCGUCCUCCUCCUCGCUGCCCUGUGACUCUCUUAGGCCAGCUCUGUCCGGCUCUCUGCCGGCCUUCUCCUCGGGACUUUCCGGGGGGUUGUCUGACUAUUUUACGCAUCAGAACCAGAGUUCAACCUCCAACCCGCUUAUACACUAACACCCCAAACCCUCACCCCAGCCUCACCCCUCCACUUUAUCCCACCUCACCUCUCCAUCCAUGCAUCCAUCCCCUCAUUCUGCCCUGAAGGAGUGAGAAUCUUUAAGUGACUGGAACUGUAAGUUGAACAUUUUACACUGAACAUUUACAUUGUACAAAAAAAUGACAAAAUUAUUAUAAACUACCUACUAUAGAAAAAAGAGAAGAGGCUUAAAACUGCAAAACAAAAAAGAGCAGCACUGAGAAACUAACAGAAAGCAGCCCUGAAGUUUCCAGGUAUAGUCUCCUGUGGACAUGAUGCAAACAGUCAGCCUCUCUGUGUGGACUGCACAACUUUCUGGAUCCGUUGUUGAAGAAUUACUUUCUUCCUGGAUGAGAAGAUCUUCCAGCUGUGCAGUGGUCAAUGGUUGUGGCUGCCUCUUAUGAACAUGUUGUGCAGCAUGUCUUCAGGCACAUUUAGUACGAGACAUUUAGGACUAAAUGGUGGCCAAGGAAGUGUCUGGACAUGGUCCUGAUAACCAAAGGCUGCUACUCUGGCAGUGUUGGGGAGGCCAGAGCGUUCCUGCAAGAACAGGUUGGAACACUUCAUCUCAGCACCUCUGUCUAGUUUAGCUUUCCUGGAACAAUCAGAUCAGAAACUGUGCUCUCAUGGACAAGGCUGCAGCAACAAUGUGGGCAUAUGUGGCAG